AUGCCCAAAUCCAAAAUGAAGUCACGCCCACAAGUGUACCCGCGCCUGCCGUUCCACAUUAUUCGGGCGAUAGCCUUCAUCAGCGGAAGUAUUGUCUCGGGAAUCUUGAUCUUCUUCUGCGUACAGCUGCGACACGAUGGGUUUAAAUUGCCGUGGACCUUUAUAAUUGUCCUUGCCGCAUCUCUCCUAUCCCUCCUCACCCUCCUAAUCACCAGCAUCAUCUACGCGUGUGCCUUCCUCUCACCGCUCAUCAACCUACUCGCCAACGUCACCAUCACUAUCCUCUGGACCGUCGGUCUCGCUCUCUUGACAUGGAACAUGUACGGCACACUGGGCCACAGCUGUAGCCGCGCGAACUGGGCGUCCGAUGACGGUAUGAUGAUCUGUCGAACCUACAAAGCCUUAUACUCUUUCGCAUUGUUCGGAUGGCUGUCGCAGAUCGCACUGAUUGUGCUCGACAUUCGCAGCCGGCGCGUACAGACGGCGUUGGGCAAGUAUAACAAAAUGGCGGCGGCAGCAGCAGCAGCGGAUGCGGGUCGAGAUGUCAAAUUGGACUCAUUGAGCAGAAGUAGUUGGGGACAUGAUAGCGCAGGAGAGAGAGAGGUGCCGUACGGAAUCCCGGAUUAUGGCGACGAUGCAACGAGGGCGUUGAGGGGUGGCAACCAGCAGCCGCCGUUGAGAAUGGAUGAUUUCAGCAGUUAUGAUCGAUAUGCACCCCAGACUCGGUAUGCCAAUGCCGGAUACGGAUAUGGACCACGUUAA